UUUAAUCACUGAUAAGAGCGCAACAACAUCCGAACAUCGCGCACAGUCGACGUCGACUCUACAGGUGCACCACACGGUCGCCAAUCAGCUCGAUGGUACGAUGGUUGGUAACUAGAAUGUGAUACUGGAAGUGGUAAGUUGGGUAAAAUAACCUCAAAGUUGGGGCCUUGUCAGAGUGAAAAUUAUGGAUAACUCACCGAAAAGUGCGAAAAACGUGUAAGAAUGGAAGGGUCCAGGAAUCCGGACCAUGAUAAAACCUCAUUCUGGAAGAAGAACAGCAAAACAGUACCUGGACGGUAUUUCCCGUAGACCAAGCCCCAAGAAAGAUGUGAAAAGUAGCUCAAAACCAAAAAUGGUAGGCUCCACGUCGUUUCAAGACUUCCAAGCCUCCGUCAGCGACGCCUGGGCCAUGGACGACGACGAUUUUUGUAUAAUAUCCGGACUAGAGAACGCGAAAAUAUCGAAGAAAGUGUCACAAUCCGCAGCUCUAAACGUACUAAACAGCCACCGCAACAGCACAGAUACUCCAAACUCGAAUGAAAAGCCGGAAGCCGGCGAAGUGGACCACGUUAGGAACAGCAGAAUUCCGGGCAGGCCCCAGCAGCUGCGCUGCCUGCACCCGCCGCAGGAUGAGGACAGUGAAUCUAAGCUGGAACGCUUUGAGAGUGUCUUAGCCAAUCCUCCCAGUCUCCAGGAGCUGUGCAAGCUGAGCUGGUCGGGGAUCCCCGUCAAGGUGCGCGCCAUCACCUGGAGGCUGCUGUCGGGGUAUCUGCCCAUAAACCUCGAGCGGCGGAACGGAGUCCUGGAGCGGAAAAGACAGGACUACUGGAAUCUAGUGGACAAGUAUUACUACGCUGAGCAUGAUGAGACUAAUCGUGAUAUUCAGCACCAAAUCAACAUUGAUGUGCCAAGAAUGAACCCGACGAUCCCCCUGUUUCAACAAAAAACUGUACAAAUCAUGUUUGAGAGAAUUCUGUUCAUUUGGUCGAUCAGACAUCCUGCCUCAGGUUACGUCCAAGGGAUCAACGAUUUGGUGACUCCUUUUUACGUGGUGUUCCUUCAAGAGUUUAUUUUGGAUAAUCAAGCCUUUGAGACGUUUCAAGUCGAUACUUUAAGCGAAGAACAACUCAGAAUCAUCGAGGCUGACUCGUUUUGGUGCUUAUCCAAGUUUCUAGAUGGUAUUCAAGAUAAUUACGUUUUCGCCCAAGUUGGCAUACAGCGCAAGGUGCAUCGGUUAGAAGAAUUAAUUAAGCGAGUGGACGAGACGCUGCAUCGCCACCUCAAACAACACAACGUUAGUUAUUUACAAUUCUCCUUUCGUUGGUUGAACAAUUUACUCACUAGAGAGCUUCCGUUAAGGUGCACUAUCAGGUUGUGGGACACAUACUUGGCAGAGAACGACUGCUUCGCCUCGUUUCAACUUUACGUUUGUGCUUCUUUUCUCCUCUACUGGAAAGAGGAUCUAAUGCGCCAAAACGAUUUUCAAGGACUGCUCUUACUACUUCAAAAUCUUCCUACUCAGUCUUGGACAAGUUCUCAAAUUAGUAUUUUAGUGGCAGAGGCAUACAAAUUGAAAGUUAUGUUCGCAGAUGCUCCAAACCAUUUGCAAAGUAACACUGGUGAUAGCUGAUUAAAUACUUGUAAUAACUGAAUGUUCUUUUAUAAAUGUUUUGAAACAAAACUCUUACAUUUGUUGUUGUAAAUACAUGACUUGACACAUAUUUUUAUAUUGUAUAUGUGAUUUGAAUCAGUUACUCAAUAAAACCAUUAAAUUACCA